GAAUGCAUGCGCAUAGAAUGCUUAGAGAAAUUAAAACAUGUUUACAAAGUGCUUAGAGAUUGCUUAGAGAAUUUCUAACUCUGAUCAUUAAAUAAAAUAUAUUAGUUUUUCUUGAAAAAUAAAACAUGGGUGAAGUAAAAUCUAAUAAUACGGAGGAGAAGAUGAAGAAACAACAAUUUAACAAUCUUGUGGAACCAAUUAAGAAUAAAUGGAAAUUAGUACCUGCUUUUUUAGAAGGAAAAGGUUUGGUCAAGCAACACAUUGACUCGUUUGAUUAUUUUAUAAAUGUUGAAAUAAAAAAGAUUGUUAAAACUAAUGAAAAAAUGGUAAGCGAUGCCGAUCCUUCAUUUUAUGUUAAAUACUUGGACGUAUGUGUUGGUACUCCGGAUGUAGACGAUAGUUUUGGUGUAACUCGACCUUCAACACCGCACGAAUGUAGAUUACGAGACUUAAAUUACUCAGCACCGAUUACUGUAAGCAUAGAAUAUAUCAGAGGACAUCAACCUAUUAUAAGAAAUAAUUUAACGAUCGGAAGAAUGCCAAUUAUGCUUAGAAGUUCCAAUUGCAUAUUAACUAAUAAAACUUCAUUUCAAAUGUCUAAAAUAAAUGAGUGUCCACAUGAUCCUGGUGGUUAUUUCAUUAUUAACGGUCAAGAAAAAGUAAUACUUAUUCAAGAGCAAAUGCUUAGAAAUAGGAUCAUUGUAGAAGAAGAUAAUAAAGGAUGCACAAUAGCGUUUGUUAAUAGUUCCACGCAAGAAAGAAAGACUAAAACUACUGUAGUUGGUAAAAACGGAAAAUAUUACAUGAGACAUAAUAUUUUUCAAGAUGAUAUACCUGUUUCAGUGGUAAUGAAGGCAAUGGGAGUAGUAAGUGAUCUAGAAAUAAUGCAAUUUAUUGGUGCCGAAGAAGAAUAUAUGACAAAAUUUGCAUUAAGUUUAGAAGAAUGUCAUACUUUAGGCGUUUUCUCUCAAAAUCAGGCUUUAAGAUAUUUGAGUAAUAAAAGGAAGCAAAAAAGAUAUCCUUUAAUCAAAGGUAAUCUUACUGAUGAGAUAAAGGAUAUUUUAGCUACUAAUAUUUUAUCUCAUGUUCCUGUCGUUAAUUUCAAUUUAACAUCGAAAGCCAUUUAUCUGGGCUUGAUGAUACGCAAAGUCAUACAAGUGCAGAAUGAUAGAAGUCUUGUAGAUGAUAGGGAUUAUUAUGGUAACAAGCGUUUGGAAUUGGCUGGUUCCCUAUUAUCUCUCAUGUUUGAGGAUUUAUUUAAAAGAUUUAAUCGGGAGUUAAAACAAAUUGCAGAUAAAAAUAUACCAAAAAUAAAAGCGGCCCAAUUUGAUAUUGUAAAGCACAUGAGACAAGAUCAAAUUACAAAUGGUUUAGCAUUUGCUAUAGCGUCUGGCAAUUGGGUUAUUAAAAGAUUCAGAAUGGAACGCCAUGGAGUAACUCAAGUUUUGUCAAGGUUAUCAUACAUUUCAGCACUUGGUAUGAUGACACGCGUUAACUCGCAGUUUGAAAAAAGUAGAAAAGUAUCUGGUCCUAGAUCCUUGCAACCGUCUCAAUACGGAAUGUUAUGUCCAAGCGACACACCUGAAGGAGAGAGUUGCGGAUUAGUUAAAAACUUAGCUCUUAUGACACAUAUUACCACGGAAGUAGAUGCAAAACCCAUUGCAAGAUUAAUAUACAAUCUCGGAAUUGAAAAUAUCAAUAUUCUUGGUGGAGAAGCUAUCUAUGAUAAUCGUAGUUAUAUGGUAUUUUUAAACGGAAAUAUUUUGGGCAUCGUCAGAGAUCAUCAAAGACUUGUUGAUACGUUCAGAUUUUUACGCAGACACGGUCGAAUAAAUAAUUUUGUUUCCAUAUAUACGCAACGUCAACAUAGAUGCAUUCACAUUAGUUCUGAUGGAGGCCGUUUGUGUAGGCCGUAUAUAAUCGUUAAAAAUGGACAACCACUUGUUACGAGUAAUCAUAUUGAAUUGUUGGAAAGAAAAGUGAUGAGAUUUGAAGACUUUUUAGUAGAGGGUUACAUUGAAUAUUUAGACGUGAAUGAAGAAAAUGAUAGUCUUAUAGCGUUUGACGAAAAACAUAUAAAUGCGAACACGACACAUUUAGAGAUUGAACCUUUUACAUUAUUAGGAGCUUGUGCCGGUUUAAUACCAUAUCCGCAUCAUAAUCAAAGUCCAAGAAACACUUACCAAUGUGCUAUGGGUAAACAAGCUAUGGGAGCUAUUGGUUACAAUCAAUGCAAUCGCAUUGAUACACUUUUGUAUACUUUAGCAUAUCCACAUGUACCAAUGGUUAAAACACGUACAAUAGAUCUCAUUAAUUAUGACAAGUUACCUGCUGGCCAAAAUGCAAUAGUAGCUGUUAUGUCUUACAGUGGAUAUGACAUUGAGGAUGCUUUAAUUUUAAAUAAAGCUUCUAUUGACAGAGGAUACGGAAGAUGUUUAGUAUAUCGAAGUGCUAAAUGUAAUUUAAAAAAAUACCCUAAUCAAACGUAUGAUAGAAUAAUGGGUCCAUUGGUAGAUUCAAAUACAAAAAAACCAGUAUGGAAGCACGAGAUCAUUGACAAUGAUGGGAUUGCUGCUCCGGGUGAAAUGGUAGAAAAUAGAAAAGUAUUGGUAAAUAAAUCUACGCCAUCCACCGCCGAUUCAGUUAAUCCUGCUAAUGCACAAAAUGAAACAGAAUAUCGUGAUACUCCCGUACUAUUCAAAGGUCCAGUUCCUGCUUAUGUAGAAAAAGUUAUGAUUACUAGCAACGCAGAAGAUGUAUUUUUAAUAAAACUAUUGUUAAGACAAACUCGACGACCUGAAAUAGGUGAUAAAUUUAGUAGUCGUCAUGGACAAAAAGGAGUAACGGGUUUAAUAGUUGAACAAGAAGAUAUGCCAUUUAACGAUUAUGGUAUAGUUCCUGACAUGAUUAUGAAUCCUCAUGGUUUUCCAUCCCGUAUGACGGUUGGAAAAUUACUAGAAUGUCUCGCUAGUAAAGCAGGCGUUCUUGAAGGAAAAUUUCAUUAUGGAACAGCAUUUGGUGGUUCCAAAAUUGAAGAUCUACGAGAGGAACUCAUUAAUCAUGGUUUCAAUUAUAUGGGAAAGGACUUUUUUUAUUCUGGUACUACUGGUGAACCACUUGAAGCGUAUAUUUAUUCUGGCCCUAUAUUUUAUCAGAAACUCAAACAUAUGGUACAAGAUAAAAUGCAUGCUCGAGCUCGUGGACCCAGAGCAGUCCUAACGCGUCAACCAACGGAAGGUCGUUCUAAGGAAGGUGGUUUACGUUUAGGUGAGAUGGAACGUGAUUGCCUGAUCGGCUAUGGAGCUAGUAUGAUGUUAGUGGAAAGACUGAUGAUAUCAAGUGAUGCGUUCGAUGUUGACAUUUGUAAUAAAUGUGGUCUAAUGGCAUACAGCGGUUAUUGCCAUAGUUGCAGAUCUAGCUCUUGUGUUUCAACUAUUUCCAUGCCAUACGCUUGCAAAUUACUGUUUCAAGAAUUGCAAUCUAUGAAUAUUGUACCUCGUUUAACAUUGAAACAUUAUUGUGAUUAAAUAUAAGUAUUAUUUAUGAUCAUUUACGAAUAAAAAGAAUUAAUUUGUUUCGUACGAAA